GGAGCUUUUUGUAGUGUUUUGGUUCGGUCGAGCCCACUCACAAAAAUGACAGCGAGGAAGUCUGGCUCACGACUGGAGACCGAGAUAGAGCGGUGCCGUUCAGAGGGUCAAUGGGACAAGAUACCGGAGCUAGUACGGCAGCUCUCAGCCAAACUAAUAUCAAACGAUGAUCUAGGGGAGUUGUUGCUGGGAGAAUGCAAGCUUCAGACGUACCUGAAGGAAAACCCCAUCAAACAGGGAGCCAGUCCCAGGGGCCCACGACCUAAACUGGUGGAGGUCAGGAAACACCUCACUGCUGCUUUGGACAGAGGAAACCUCAAGGCCGAUUACCUUCAGGAAGCCAGCCUGUUGAUGGCCAAACUGUGCUAUGUGGAGGGAGAAUACAGAGACGCUUUAGGUCACUACAGCCACGUGAACCUGGACGACAUGCAGCUGGGGGGAGCUCCUGUGUAUCGGCUGUCCAUGAUAGCAGAGGCAUACGCUACUAAAGGACUGUGUCUAGAGAAAGUCCCAGCUGCCUCUCCGUCUCUAUCCAAUAAGAACACUGGGUCUCCAUCGUCUAAUAGGAGCACAACAGAUCGGGAGCAGGAAAUCAUCACCUGCUAUGAAAAGUCUGGAGACAUUGCCCUGCUCUACCUGCAGGAGGCUGAGAAGGCGUUGUCAGCUGGAAUGCAGAACCGUAGCCCAAAGCCCGGCCCAACUGCCCAGGACCUGGAACUGGGCUACUUCCUGGAGACAGGCCUGCAAAGAGCUCAUGUCAUCCACUUCAAGAAUGGCAACCUGACACGAGGCGUGGGCCGGUUUCGGGAGAUUCUUCGGGCUGUUGAGAACAGGACCACCCAGAGCCUGCGCAUGACCAUAGCCAGACAGCUUGCAGAGAUCUUGCUUAGAGGAAUGUGUGAACAGAGUUACUGGUCUCCUCUGGAAGACCCACCCACUGUGUCGCCAUUGGACGAUCCCACACGGCAGGGACACACUCACAGCAAGAACUACAGCCUAAGCCGACGCCCACGGGUGUACUCAGGAGAGAAUCUGUUUUGCCCUCAGGAGAACACAGAAGAAGCUUUGCUGCUGCUGCUCAUCAGUGAGUCCAUGGCUAACCGUGACGCUGUCCUGAGCAGAAUCCCCGAACACAACAAUGAUCGUAUCAUCAGCUUACAGUCUGCCUCUGUGGUGUACGACCUGCUGACUAUAGCUCUAGGCAGGAGAGGGCAGUAUGAGAUGCUGUCAGAGUGUUUGGAGAGAGCCAUGAAGUUUGCCUUUGAGGAGUUCCACUUGUGGUACCAGCUCGCCCUGUCGCUGAUGGCAGCUGGGAAAUCAGCUCGUGCCGUUAAGGUCCUUAAGGAGUGUAUUCGGCUGAAGCCAGAUGACCCCACCAUCCCACUGCUGGCUGUCAAACUAUGUAUCGGCCCUCUCCACUGGUUGGACGAGGGGGAGUGCUUCGCAAAGAUGGUGAUUGACAUGGGGGAGAAAGCAGCUGAGUUCAGAGCCAAAGGCUUCUUGGCCAUCGGGCUGGUUUACAGCCUUAAAGCCACUGAUGCAUCAUUGCGAAGCACACAGGAGGAGUACCAGAGGAAAGCUUUGGGAGCCUUUCAGAGAGCUCAGAGUCUGUCUCCCACUGACCAUCUAGCAGCGUUCUACUUGGCCCUGCAGCUUGCCGUGUCCAGACAGAUCCCUGAGGCACUAGGCUAUGUACGACAGGCGUUGCAGCUCCAAGGGGAUGACGUCCACUCCCUUCAUCUGCUGGCCCUGUUGCUCUCUGCUCAGAAACACUACCACGACGCUCUCAAUAUUAUAGAGAUGGCUCUGUCCGAGUACCCUGAAAACUUCAAUCUGCUGUAUACCAAGGUGAAGUUGGAGUCGAUGUGUAGAGGACCAGAGGAAGCUCUGCUCACAUGUAAACACAUGCUGCAGAUCUGGAAGAGCUUUUACAAUCUUACCAACCCCAGUGAUUCUGGGCGUGGCAGCAGUUUGUUGGACAGAGCCAUAGCGGACAGACGACAGCUCAACGCCAUGACUCUGCCUGACUUCAGUGACCCAGAGACCGUCUCAGGUUCUUCCUCUUCUCACUCCGGUUCUGAACCGAUCUCCCCCACCUCCCCGUCCACCAUUUCCACCUUCUCCACCUUCUCUUCCCUCUCCUCCCCACUGUCCUCCCCUUCUUCCCCCAUCUUCAUUCUUCAGCCUCCUCCUCUCCCUCCACCCAAAAAUCCAUCCUUCCUCCCUCCUGGCCCUCCUCCACCCCCUCCUCUUCUUCCUCCUCCUGCGCCCACCAAGACAAGGACUCACUCCUUUUGCAACCACGUCGCUCUUCGACAACUCUCCUCCAAUAGCGGCCUUCAGGACGCUAACACUCUUGGUUUUUCCUCCAUGUUUUCUGUUUGCUCGGUUCAUGCUACAUCUAUAGCAGCCAGUCGUGUAGAGCAGGCUCUGUCUGAGGUAGCCUCCUCUCUGCAGAGCAGUGCCCCCAAACAUGGACCCCUGCACCCCUGGAUGACCCUGGCUCAGAUCUGGCUGCAUGCAGCUGAGGUGUACACGGGAAUGUCCAAGCCCGCCGAGGCCACAGCCUGCACGCAGGAAGCCUCCAAUCUCUUCCCCACAUCCCACAACGUGCUGUACAUGAGGGGGCAGAUAGCCGAGCUGAGGGGCAACAUAGACGAGGCCAAACGCUGGUAUGAAGAGGCCCUUUCCAUCAACCCCACGCAUGUCAAGACCAUGCAGAGACUGGGCCUGAUUCUUCACCAGCUGCAACGCUACAGUCUGUCUGAGAAGGUCCUGAGGGAUGCUGUGCAGGUCAACAGUACGGCUCACGAUGUUUGGAACAGUCUCGGUGAGGUGUUGCAGGCUCAGGGAAAUGCCGCCGCUGCCACCGAGUGUUUCCUCACCGCCUUGGAGCUGGAGGCCAGCAGCCCCAUUCUGCCCUUCACCAUCAUACCCAGGGCAUUAUGAGACACACACACUCACAGUUACAGCCUGAGUGCUGUAACACAGUGGCACAAAUGAUGGACCUGCAACCUGCACACACACCAUACACACACAGCAUGCCUGCAUGCCACUUAGACACACCUGCACAAGGUUUUACUGCCAUUCCCUUAGACACUCACACACACUGUAAAUAAACAGUUCACAUACAUACACGCUUCCCCCUUCCCACAAUGCCUUGCUGUGGCUGUGACCCCGGACUUUGUGUGUGUGUGAGGGCAUACAUCGCUUGUGUGUGUGUGUGUGUGUGUUGAUCUGCACUUUUUGUGUGCCUGUUUGUGUCUGUGCAUGUACACCCAUGUCUGUGUAUGUGUGCCAACAUGUUGCCUGUGCAUAUUUGUGUCUGGCUGUAUGUGAUUUGUAGUAUGCUGUGUGUGUUUGUUGUUUUUGUCCUGUUCAAAGAUGUAAAUAAAAUUACAUUAGAGUUCCUAUUCUGGCGUUACUAGCAUUCAGAAGCCCAAGAGUUUACAUUUUGUUUACACGUUAUUUAGUCCAAUAAUGUUUCCUUUAAAAGCCAAAUAUUAUGAAAAUCCAACACACACACACACACACACACACACGUUCACUUGCUGUUUAUAUGGAGAGGGUCAUGGUUACUGUAUGGCUGGCUCAGGACAGCCACAUCUUUGGACAGACAUGAUCAACAGAUCACCGAAGAAUCAAUCAAUAAAGUCUAAAUGCCAAAACACAGGUUGCAUUUACACAUACAGGAGAUCAGAUUUAAAACUGCUAAUGUCUUCUUUAAAUUAAAGCAUAUUUUUUUCUCAGCUGUACACACUUUACAGCCUCCUUUGUUUAACCAUAUUUUAAUGACACUAUGAUUUUACAUUUUUUGUAAUAUGUGCAUCAUUCAGUUUGCCCCACGGGAAGAGCUAUAGCUAAAGGAAUAGUUUGACAUUUUGGGGAAAUGUUUUUUGUUUGUUUGUUUGUUUGUUUUUAUGCUGUCUUGCUGAGAGUAAAGAGAGUAGUUUGAUACCACUGUCAUGUCUGUAAAGUAAAGCUACAGCCAGCAGCUGAUUAGUUUAACUUAGUAUAAAGGGCUGAAAAACUUAAGUGCCAAAAACUGCAGUUCUUCAAAUGGCCACUUGAGGCUGGCUCCAACAGUGAGUCAAUCCCCAUAGACCCCCAUGUUAAAAUCCCCAACUUUACAGCAGAAAUAAACAGGUUUACAGCCUGGUGCAAAAAACGUUUUGGUCUCGUAAGCUAAUUUCAACAUUCAUGAUAACUGUACAUGGCAUGACUUUUUAUAUAACUCACCUGUUAACAUGAUAUUAAGGCUUAAAGUUACGCAUCUGUAAGGGUUGGCCUGCUAGAGUGACAGGCUGUCUGCGAGGCAUCACUACACUCUAUGAUUCAGAUCCACCCUCUCGUCCAAAUAUGGUCACUUCUGGCUUCACAAAACGAAGAUGGCAACGGCCAAAAUGCCAAACUCGUGGCUUCAAAUAUGGCCGUCCAAAUAUGGUCACACUUGAGGCUUCAAAAUGGCGGUCCACAACCUAAUGGGGGACACCACGGUAGAUACAUGCGUUAUUUUACACAGUUUAUGAUACAGACGGGAGAAAAGAAGAAUCAGCUAGCUUGGCUCUGUCAAAAAAACCAAACAAACAUCUGCACAACGCACCUCUAAAAUUCACAGAUUAACACCUGGGGUUUCUGUUCAGAUAAAACAAAAGAAAGAUAAGUGCUUAAAAAACAACCUACAGGUUAAACAAAGGAGAUAUACCAUGCUAAUUAGUGAGCUGUAGAGGUGCUGCAAGGCAGAUUUUGUUACCCGUGGACAUGGGCAGGCUAACUGUUUUCCCCUGUUACCAGUCUUAAUGCUAAGCUAACUAGCUGCUAGCUCUAGCUUCAUACAUACCAUGUUAACAUUUACGGAGAGUGGUACCAGUCCUCUCAUCUAGCUCUUGGCAAGAAAUCAAAUGAACAUUUCUCUUAAAAUGUCAAACUGUUGAUGUAAAAUAAAUUCAAUUUCACUAUUGAUAAUUUUACAUUUUUAAUGCUUUUGAUCUAUUUGAAAAAGCAGAUGGUUUUUUUUUAGCAUCAGCAUCUGUGGUCACAAUAGCUGAAAACAUAAGAGUGCCAACUGCAAAAACAAGAAAAUGUCACAAAAAUAGCGAGCUAAGUUUCACGUAAACCACUGGGAAACCAGAGCUCCUAUGUAACGUUUAUAUUUUGACAAACUGUAAAUAUGAAUGGGAGGUAUCUGUUACACUCAUAGUCUCAAAUAUCUGAUUUCCUGUUAUGUGUAAAUGCAACCAGUGAGUGUGUUGUCUUUGUGUCCUGUCAGUCAUGUUAUAUACAGUUAGGUGAAUAUACUUUAUUUUCCAUUUGAUUAUAAAUACAAAGGAUUAUUGUUGUAUAUUUGAUUGGUCCGACUGUAUUAUUAUUGUUAUUAUUUUAGAAAGUAAAUUAUAAUUCUAUUUUCUGGAGAGAGGUGUUACUGAGAUGCAGUCGGAGGAAUAAAAGGAUGAACUGAUGCAGUUUGUUGCUGUGAGCUCAGUCAGUUAAUCCUUUGUGCUGUAAAUGAAUGACUGAAAUUAGGAGCAUUACUAUGACAAAGAUAAUAAAAGUGGUUUAAAAAAAGG